AUGGCUGAGAGCGUAAUGGCGGAAGGCCGAAAGUUUGGAAGAUGGUUCUGGAUUAAGAACGAGACUCAUGAGAUGAAACUCCCAGGAUUCUUUGAAAAUGCGUACAAGACCAAAUGCUACUGUUGGAUCGAGAAUGGAUGUAUGUUUGCCUCAGUUGAGAAAGAGAAGGCAAGCACCUUGCAGACAGUCUUUGCAAGGCACGUGAUUGAGACGAAUGCUUCUCAGUCGUCCAGCGGCAAGAACGGGUUCCUCACGUUCCAGCUUGACAAAUGGAAGGCCAGCUGCUACGACAAGGUCAAAUUCGAGCUGCGCAGCAUUUCCGAGGGGCGGGCAGUCAGGUUCAAAGCGCAAAGUCCCGAGGACUGUCAGAAGUGGGUGACGAUGUUGAUGAAAGUUGGCAUCUUCAAGUCGCCUGAAGUCUUCGGGAGCAUCAAGUAUGAGACAAGACCGAUGGAGGAGGAGGACGCCUUUCAGCUCGUUGAGACCGAUGGCAUGCACUUCAAGACCCUCGAAGUCAGGUUCAAGUUCGACAGAAAAAUCAUGCUCGCAGCUGUGAGGCAAAACGGACUCGCCCUGCAGUUUGGGAAGUUCUCAGUGCCCGAAGGAAACAUCGUGGACUACACGGUAGACCGGGAGGUCGUGCUGCAAGCGAUCAGGCAGAACUGCUCGGCCUUCUCGUUCGCGGAUGUCUCGCUGCAGGUUGACAGGAGCGUUGUCCUCGCCAUGUUCGACACAGACAUCGCCGACGUGAUGAUGCUGCUGCGCAACGGCAUUUCACCGCUCAUGCUGGAUGAGGAGGUCAUGCUCAAGGCGGGGGAGAGAGACGCGCAUGCGGUGGAACGCGCGAGGAAGAACUUGUACAUCUGUCCCAACGUCAAGGAAGAGAGCCUGUCACCAAAGGAGCUGAAGGACCUUCAAGCUCAGGCUCUUCUCACCAGGCUGACUGAGAACGGCGACCUCGUGUCGUUGAAGAGGUUGCUGGCGAUGCAAGUUGACAUCAACACAUGUCCCUAUAUCGGCUACUCUGCCAUGCACGCGGCCGCUGAGUCAGGGAGAGUGGGGCUGGUGCACUUCUUGCACGAGCAAAAAGCUUCAGUUGAGAGUCAGAUGACGGGAGGUACCACUCCUCUUAUGCUAGCCGCAAUGGGUGGCAAGUCGGAAUGCAUCAAGCUCCUGAGCGAGCUCGGAGCAGAUGUGAAUGCAAGGAAUGAGGGUGGGACAACGGCAUUGAUGCUCGCAGCCAUGGAGGGACACACGCAAACGAUUGCAAGUUUGGCUCAGUUGGGAGCAGACAUCGAUGCUGUAGAGAACGAGCUGAUCCUUGAGGAGGAGCACGUAAGUGAGAAGCUGAAGAUUUUAGAAACGUCAGCACAGGAACCAGUCCUUGCCAGCAAGCUGCCAAGAGACGGCGCAGACACGGACAAGAGCAUGGCGCUGGUUUCAUCCUCACAGCAGCAGCAGCAGCUGACCUUGUCCUCGGCAUUUGCAUCGACAUUCACGGGGAGGAUGAUCAGUGACAUCAAGAACAGUCUUGCACUCACUUCUUUGGGAUCUCUACGUGCUGUCGUCGGGUCAGAUUUCGCUGCUCACCUCGAUCGGAUUCUCGGAUUUGUUGCCCUCCCGCGGGAGAUGGCAGAGUUUCGUAAUCACACCGGGGGCAUGAACGCUAUCAUGAAGGCAGCCGCCAGCGGUCACACGCAGGCGGUACAAGCUCUCGUCGAGCUCGGAGCCAACGUGAACGCAGUCAGCAAGGGUGGAAUGUCUGCCCUCAUGAUAGCUGCCAUGGGCGGGCACAAGCAGACUGUCAAGUACCUGUGCCAUGUCAUCGACGACGUCGACAGUCUCGACAAGGAGGGGCACAACGCUGUCCAGUGGGCAGAGAGGACGGGGAACUGGGAGACAGCGAGGAUGAUCAAGGAGGCAGCGAGAGAGAAGAAGCUCCUCCAGCAAGCUACUUACGAGGAGCUCGAGCCCUCCAGCGAGUUUCACAUGGACAACAAUGGACAGGACGAGACGGAGGACUCGUCUCCUGCUGCUGGCAGCCGAGCCAGGACGAGAGCAGAUGCUGGUGACAUCGUAGGAGCAGCGGACAGCGAGGACGGGCACCAUGGCACGAUAGAAGAGUUUCUUGAGCCUCUAGCUGAUCUUCAGGUGGAGGAGGAGGUCAACGAGGAUGCUGAUGCGGAAUCUGAGGAGCCUACAAUACAAGUUUGA